AUGGAGAUCGAAGGUGCAGUUCAAGGACGCUGUGGCAAGACUGACAUUCCUGAAGUUCCAGCACUAGCAAGAAAGCCGAGACUUGCGACGGCAGUGCUACGCAAGCGGGCUUUGGAGGGCACGGCUUGGAGCCUACUGCGCAGACUCUGUGACGAAGAGAUGGAAGCAGAUGUGGUUCAUUUCUCGUGCAUCAUUACACCGGAUUGGUGCCAAGCUCUGUGGCUGCGCACGGCCCUGGCGGCCUCGGCCAUUGCGCCAAACGUGAUAUUGGAAACACGCCUGGUGACCUCUUGCGCACAUGCUAACUGGUUGGCUGCGGUGCAGCUGCUCCGUGAGGCCGAGUCUAUUCAGCGCGAUGCUGUGCUCCUGAAUUCUGCCAUGACAGCCCUAGAGGGCCGCUGGUGGCAAGCGUUGGCACAUCUGCAGACCAGUGCAGCGUUGUCCUGCACACCUGAUGCAGUGGCCUUGAACACAGCCAUAAGUUCCUGUCAUGCUCGAGGUGUUUGGACUCUGGCCUUGCAUCUGCUUGGAGUCUCUGGGAAUCUUGUGGACCUCAUUACCCUCUCUGGGGCCAUUGCUUCAGCGCAGUGGCUUCUGGCAGUGUGCCUUCUGAGUGAGAUGAGUCCAGCGGAACUGAUCCCCAAUACUAUCUGCUUCAACGCAGCCUUGCGAGCUUUUGAGGCACCGGGCCUUUGGCGACGAGCAGCGGGGCUGCUGAAGUCCAUGCGGCCCUUCAUGGUGCUUCCAGACGUCGUCAGCUUUACAUCGUUGCUUCGAGCCUGUGAGAAAGAUGGUCGAUGGCGCUUGGCGCUGUCCCUGCUGCCCGUCAUGCGCCAGGUAACAAUCCUGCCCAAUGCCGUGACAUAUGGAUGCAUCCUCAACGCUUGCGAAUUUGCUGGCGCAUGGCGAACAGCUCUCUUGCUACUGAGCGAGAUGGUUUCAAUGAAGCAACUGCUCAACAAUGUCAUCUGCAACACCAUCAUCAGCACUUGCGAGAAAGCGUGCCAAUGGCAGUCAGCAUUGGCCUUCCUGUCCGAGAUGCGGCGAUUUCAGGUGAGACUGGAUGUGGUUGGCAUCAAUGCAUCGUUGAGAGCAUGCGGUUCUGGGGAUGCUUGGCCCUGGUCACUUGAGCUCCUCCGCCAGAUCGAUAUACGGGGUCGCACGAACGUAAGCUUCGCAGGCGCAGUGGCUGCCUGUGCUGUCGCCAACAAGUGGGCAUGGUCGCUGCGCCUGCUUCUGGCCAUGCUGGAAGAUGCGUUGGUUCCCGACGUGAAUAGCUUUGGUGAUGUCGCGGAAGUUUGCGGCAGACUGGGGUUUGACAUCUGGUCUGUCACAGUUCUCGACAAGCUGCAGACAAUGCAAGAAAAGCUCCUCUACGAAGCCAGCAAAACGCUUCACGCAGAAGUGACAUGGGAAGUGAUGCGCAAGUAA